GAAAAGAAAAGAAAAAGGGGAAGAAAACCUAAUACCCGUUCUUCCUGAUCACCUUUUCCCCCUUUCCCUCAAGCCUCAGCCGCCUGAGAGGCGUUUUCCGGCAUCUAUACCAACCGGCGGCGAACUCCGACCAGCGAACCUCGCGAAGGCAGCCAUUCACCCUCGAUCCUUGCCGUAGCUUCACUGAUCUCAGACAGACGCGUUCCGGGGGUUCCAGCAGCAUCUUCCGGUGGUUUAGCAGCGUGUUCCGACGGUCUUGAAGGCGCUUUCCCGACGUCUGCGCAGCCAGCGAGCGGUAGUUAUCUCCGGCAGCCACCGACAUACCGGCGGCGCGCGUCUCUCCCUGGUUCUAGCAGCGUUGGCCAUAUGUUUUUGCUUCGAUACGCUUCGGUCGCUUGACCCACAGUUCUAUCGAUCUCAGAUUUGAACACCCACUACCCAAUACUUAGUAAGUUUGAGGGGUGUAAGUCAAUCCAUUUACAUGUCGAGUUUAAGUGCUAAUAUUUGGAACCUCACUGGGUGUAAUUUCAGAUUGAUUUCUUGGGAUUACAUUGAGUGAAGGGUGAAGACUCUUAUUGAGUAAACGUUCGGAUCACUUUUAGGUAAGUUUGAACCUUCAGGAAUUUAAUCUCAAGCUUUGGUGGUUCGAUGUAAUAAUUAUAGUAGGCGGAACCAAUGGUGGUAAAUAGCUAACUCUCAGAAUUCCUUAGUGCUUAGUUAGAUGGCUGGAGGAAUGUUUGAUUUAGCUUUAAAUCUUAAGCUUAAAUUGCCUGUAUGGUUAGGUUCAUAGAACAGUUUCCAGGUUGGUUCUCACUAAAAAGUGUGUUACUUCGAGGGGACUCAGUCUGGAUUACUGCAAAUUCCUUUACCAACAAAGCAAUCCGAGGAUGAAGCAACUAUGGAAGUUCUCUGUUCCUCGUAGGCUCUUAGUAAAUCGCAACAUUUUUGUUCCUUUUGCCUUCUCUAUCACAAACACUUCGAAUUAUUACUUUUUACCUCAUGGCCUCCAUACUCAAUCCCGCUCUCCCUCGUCACCUCCACCCUCAAUCUCUUCAUUUCCUUACAUUAUUGAAAUAUUUUCCAACAAGCCUUCCGACCAUGAUAUCUUGGCGAGAAGUAUUAUGCAAAGGAAGGUCAUGGAGGUGAGUCGUGAAUUGAUUCAGAACGCAGAGGAUUCUGAUAAGAUAGUGAAAAUAUUGGAAGACAGUGAAGACUUGCUCUUGCAGAAACACACCGAUGGUUCUGCUUUUAUCGAGUUGCUGAAGCAGUUGGAUUCACAGCCUCACUUAGCAUUGGAGGUGUUUAAUUGGAGAAGGAGGCAAGAAAGUUCUUGUCCUUUAACUGUAGAGGAAUAUGCUAAGGGAAUUACAACUGCGGGUCGAUCUAAAAAUAUUGGCCUUGCAGUGGAGUUGUUCACUGAGGCUUUUAAUAAAAGGGUCAAGGCGACCUCUAUUUAUAACGCAUUGAUGGGGGCUUACAUGUUUAAUGGCUUGGCCGACAAAUGCAACUCAUUGUUUCGGGAUCUUAAGAGGGAUGCAGAUUGUUUUCCUACUAUUGUAACAUAUAACAUUCUAAUAUCAGUAUUUGGUCGCUUGAUGUUAGUCGAUCAUAUGGAGGCUACUAUGCAGGAAAUAGAUGAUUUAGAUCUCUCCCCUAAUGCGAACACGUACAAUAAUCUAAUAGCUGGGUAUGUUACUGCAUGGAUGUGGGAUAAAAUGGAGCAAACCUUUAUGAAGAUGAAGGCGAAUUCAGUAGAGCCCAACACUGAGACUUUUUUGUUAAUGCUUCGUGGAUAUGCACAUUCUAACAACCUUGAAAAGAUGGAAGAGAUACAUGACUUGAUAAAAGAUCAUGUCAACAACAAGAAUUUCCCUCUUAUUAGAGCUAUGAUAUGUGCAUACGGUAGGAGUUCUAUAACAGAUAAAGUCAAAAAGAUUGAGGCUUUGUUGGAGCUUAUUCCAAAAGAAGAAUAUAGACCAUGGUUGAAUGUCUUAUUGAUAAGAGUCUAUGCUCAAGCAGAUUGGUUAGAGAGAAUGGAAAAUUCAAUAAACGAGGCAUUUGAACGUGGCACUUCAGUAAAUACAGUCCAUGUGAUGCGCUCCAUUAUUGCCAGCUAUUUUCGGUGUAAUGCAGUGGACAAGCUAACGAACUUUAUAAGUCGUGCUGAAUGUUCAGGUUGGAGAAUCUGUCGAUCUUUAUAUCAUUGUAAAAUGGUUAUGUUUGCAUCAGAAAAGCGGUUUGAAGAAAUGGAGUGUGUCCUUGAUGAAAUGAAAAAUAUCAACUUGGAUUGGACAAAAAAAACCUUUUGGAUUUUGUAUAAGGCCUACGUAAUAAGUGGUUGCAGGUACAAGGCCGACCAGGUGGUAUGUUAUAUGUGCAAGCUUGGGUAUGGGAUUCCCUUGGAUUCAUCUCCAUCUUGAUGUUCUCUUCCAGUUGAAUGAUUGAAGGAAUGAAAAUUCCACGAUUGACUUAUCCAAUUGUUCUUAUUGGUUUUUCUAAUGAAUAAGUGCAGAACCGAGAUUUCUGAGAUAUCUUAGGCCAGGCUUCAUCAUUGCACUGAUCGCUACAAACUACUGUUGAUAGGAUACACAAAAUCAAGCAUUUGGAGCAAAACAGAAAAUUUAAAGAAUAUAUCGAGAAAAAUGAGUCAAUUGGACAAGAUCAAUUGAAGGAAUCAAGUAAAGGAAGAAGAAAUCGAGCUUAAGACUCGAGGGGCAGUAUCGUGAUGUUGCACAAGCCACACCACCCAUGAGAGUGUAGUGUUGCGAGUGUCUCAACGCUACAAGAUUUUCAACAUAUAUCACGCAAGCCACGGAUGAAUUGCACGCGCACUACUUUUCGGAGUGUUUUGUUUGAUGCCAUGGACGACGUCUCCAUGCUACGAACUCAUCCCUUUUCCCUUUUUCUUUUCUUUGAAAGAAUUGAGAUUGAAAUA